AUGAGUCAGGAAAUUGGAUUGAACGAAAAACCAGAAAAUGAUUUUGACCAAGAAAUGGAUGUAGAAGUAGAUGAUGAAUUUAAUGAUAACGAAGAAGGUCAAAUAGAUAACGGGUUAUUUACAUCCAAAGAAGAUAAACGAGUCUCAGAUUCAAAUGGUGAUUUUAAUGAAAAGAAUAAUAACGAUUCCACUACUACUUCAAAAUCUGCUACCAAUAACAACGAUAAAGAUAAUAAAAAAAUCGAAGACGAUAAAAAAUUAUUCGAACUACCAGAAUUCACAAGAAAGGAUAAAACUCUGAGUGAAAUCUUAGAACUAAUGGAUGAAAAUGUUCCAAUUAUCCCAGAUGCUGUAAUCGAUUACUAUAUGACAAAAAAUGGAUUCAAUUGUUCAGAUAAAAGGGUUAAAAGAUUACUAGCUUUAGCAACACAAAAAUUCAUUAGUGAUAUAACUACUGAUGCAUACGAAUAUUCAAGAAUAAGAUCAUCGGUAUCCGUCAGUAAUGCAAAUAAUGGUCAAUCCAGAGCCAGACAAUUACUAGCCGCUCAACAACAACAGCAGCAACAACAAUUAACCCAACAGCAACAACAGCAAAAUGAAAAAAACACUCAAAGUAAGGUUGUCCUAACAGUAAGCGACUUAAGCGCAGCUGUAUCAGAAUAUGGGUUAAACAUUACAAGACCAGACUUUUAUCGUUAA